UGGAAAUGAUUUUGCAAAACCUCUCUCCCUUUAAUGUUUGUGUGAUAUGGUGAGGUUUUACCCGUUUCGUCUUUGGUUCGACAGUGAUACUUCGGCCUUAACCCAUAAGCAGCAUCGGGCCCAGAGAAUAAUAGGAGUCAUACGAGACUAUUCUAACCAAAUAAUGCAUAAAGCCAGAGUCAUCUAUUGUUAUCUAGACUAAGUCGAUAGCUCUUCACACACUCAAAAAUGGCAGCUCACUCCCUUCCCUCCUCAUCCACCACAACUUGCUCACAAAUCUCUCAAAACGACAACAAACACUGGCUUAUUCAAUCACCUUCCGAGAACUGGUUUCUCUAUUCGAUUCUAUACAACUCUUUUCACAAGCAAAUUCUGCAUCCGGCAUACUACUCAGAACUGCUUGUAAUUCCUACUUUCUACUCAUCCCAACACACUCCUGGAGAUUGUGUAAGUACCUUCGCUGCAAAUCUUUUGAGAAGUCGAACCUUCUCAAUGAAGCCAGUCGAUAGUUCAAAUACGAACAACUCCCAACGACAAUCAACGAACAUCAGAACAACAUUCAAACGCUGCCAACAAUCCUUCAAAUCAAGAGCACACGCCUAUUUCCAUCGACGGAGAUUUUCGAAUUUGAAGUUUGUGCGGAAAGCAAGAGAAACUCCUGGACAAUCUCUUGAAAACCCAAUACCCCUUUCAGAGCACGUGAUCACACCUCGCUUCACAAUGGCUUCGCCUUCAUAUGUUAUGACCAGCUCGGUCUUCCAGCCCAAACGACAAUCGCCAAACGCACACCUCCAAGUGCUUCGAAAUUUAACGCAGUACAAUAAACGCUUCUCUCCAUACUUUUCGCCAGCUUUGGGAAACGCCUCGGAUUCCUGGAUUCGACACCGCGCCAAAAGCUAUCGCAAAACCCGCAUCUUGGAGCAAGAGAUGAAAUUUGCGCAAAAAUUCGUAAACGAUACGAAUCGCUUAUCGAGAGAGGACCAGAACGAGGUGGGAAGCCUUCGUCGAAAAUACAGAAUCCAAAUCGACAAGAUGGAAAGCUAUAAUCAACAAUGGGUUAUCGAUUCCAUCCAGACUGACAAAGUCUUGGAGGCAAUGAAGCAGGAUCUCGAGGAAAUAUAUGAGCCUGACGAGAAAAGGGACAUCACCGAGGCCCUCGAGUACCUAUUGAAUAAGGAGGGCAGAAGCCUUGAGGAAUUGAAGCCCCUGAAGGAUGCCGUUCAAGGAAGCGCAUUCUGGCCCGCAGGAUACGAUUCCGAUGAAGAGACUUGCUCAGAUACAUCCGAGCAAGAAACCCAACUCCACAAGAGUAACAGCACAUCUCGCUUCUACAUUGAAGAUGAGAUUUCCGACGAUGACGACGAUGACGAUGAAGAUGAGCAUCUAUACUCAUUUCCGCUUCCGAAAACCAUCUCCACAACACAACAAACCGCAACUAUGCUUGACGAAACUUCUGUCGCCGAGAUGCUCAAGCCAGACAACUUCAAUUGGGCCGAUGAAGAGGAAGACGACGAUGAAGAGCUCUCAUUCUCCACGACGCAGCAAUCCGAGACUGCGGAGGAAAAAUUCGAAUAUCUCGUCAAUCACGUGUACGAUACACUUCGCAACGACCUCGAGCAUCUUCGAUUCAGAUUCCUACGACUGCAGACAUUUAGCCCCGAAUGGAUCGCACAACAGAUGGCACCCGUGACUUUCAACCCUGUGAACCACAAGUGUUCCUGGCUCGUCCGCCCGAUGGCCAUGUCGAAGAAGAACUUGAAUCCUCCUCUGACUGGCAUUCCGACCAUUCGUCUCACAACUCCAGCUGGCCAACUCUGCGAACUGGAAGAAAGAGACUAUUGUUUCGAAGGCCCAGAGUGGGCAGCGCAUUUCGAAAAGCGUCGGGUUUCUGCCGCAGAAACCAGAGAACAGCUGAGGGCAAUGGAAACAUUCGACGAGAGAAUCUCGAGAAUGGAGGCAGAGGAAUAUUGGGAGCAAGUCCAGGCUCGGGACUAUGAGAGAGAUUGCGAGGAGCGUAGGAGACAAUACGCCGCUAUUGAGGCCAUGGACGAUGAAGAGGAGGAGGCCGAGUCAUCCACAGAAGAAGACUCAGCAGAAGGUCCCUUCUUCCCAGUUGCACUUGACAAUGGAGAAGGUUCUCAACUCUCCAUCUCCCAAACCUUCGCCGACGAAUCGCCACUUGACGAUACCUUGGGCGACGUCCCAUCCGAGAAAGAAGAGGAGAGCGUUACCGCCUCCUCUCAAUCACAAAUUAACACCACCGCCGCAGAUUAUCAGCCAACCGAAGCCACGGAAAACAUUUCAAGAGCCACCACCCCAGACAUGCUCGAUGAAGCCGUCUUCGACGAUAUCUCAGUCUCCUCCUCUGUAUCAAGCCUCCCAGAGAACGACGAGGAUGACUGCGCAGAAGAUCUCUUCGAGAACAACAAACCCACACCCGCCGCCUUGACAUUCGACAGAUACGAAGCAGUCAGCAAACUCAACACCCUAAAGAAACUCAUCGCCAUCAGAGUCCAACAACUCACCCGCUUCGCCCGCCAACUCGAAGAAAACGAGGCAGCGGAGUACGAAAUCGCACACUUCGAAGCAAAGCGCGCAAAGAAGAAGUCAGGCUACAUUGAGAGACUGCAAUAUGCCCUCGCAUCACUCGAUCUCAGAGCCCGCCUCGAAGAUUCGAUGAUCCGCCAUCAAGAUAGUACCUCAAUCAGCUACACCAACACCGUCCCCAACUCCGGCCCAGCAGAACUCCGCAUCGUGGGACCGCUACUCACGACCAUCCUCGCACACCCCUGGAUCCUGGAACACGCUCCCCUCCUCAUCCAGAACAACAAACACUACCGGAGCCACAAAGCCAAGGAUCCAUACCAAGGCCUCCGCUCACGAAUGAAGACCAUCUACUCGCUGAGCGACGUUCGCUAUCGUAGCAGUUCCUUUGACUACCUUUGGACGAGACAAUACGUCAAACGCACCGUCGAGGUCGAGAAAGAUGAGAAUUUAGCGGCGCUGGAGUUCAUCACCAUGGACGGGAUCUGGGAGGCUCCAUACGAUAACCGGAUCCGCCGCGCUGAGACUGCGGGUCGGGAGGCGAAAGCUGAGGAGUUGAUUGAGGCGCGAUUUCCGGCUAAGGCUGCGUGGAUUGCGAAGAGGAGGGUGGAGGGCAAGUUUGUGGCGCUGGAUAUGGUGGGUGGAUCGGGGGUAGCGGCUGGAUAUCGGAGGGGUUUGAAGAUCUGGAAGGGGAUGAAGUCCUUCUUGGGGUUUGGUGGCGUGAAGGCAGUGGAGCAGGAGGAUGAGGAGGUUCGCGAUGAUGAGGUGGAGUGGUGAGAGUAGACCUUUUUCCCUUGGACUGUAUUGUCUAUAAGCAGCGAGGUUUUACUGGUGCUCGGGGAUAUGGGUGAAUAUGAGAGAGAGAACAAAUGAUCGUGAGAUGCAGGAUGAUACAGGACGAGCAGUCCAACAAAGAAUGAUACCUAUUUGCUUACUGAGUUUGAUUCCUUCCCUUGUGAUAUCUUGUAGAGUGAAUACGAG